AUGAUUGAUCGAACGCGAAACUUAGAAAGAUCGGCAGAGACGUCGCCCUCUCACCGCAACGAGGAAGCGAAGGACAUCAAGAUUGAAAAUUGCCUUGGCUUUACACGAGGGCCCUCUGGUCUAGCUGAUCCGCUGACCGUCCACGAGAAGUGUGAAAGAUCAGUGUACAGUGCCCUGGCGACUGGAGAGCCCACAAUUGUUGCAAGCUGUUCGCGUGGAUGCAAAGAAGCUUUAAGCGAAGGCUUGUCACGAACUCCUGUAUUCACUUUCCGCACGGUCGAUGAUGCUCUCCGGUUCUACUGCCACGUGCCAACACUCCAGUCUUCAUUCAAAGCCAGCGCCGAAAAGAUCAGUCGAUAUGCUCGACUUGUUGAGAUUAUUCCACACGUGCUUGGAAGGACAGUUCAGGUCAGGUUUCACUAUACUUGUGGCGCUCCAGCCGGCCAGAACAUGGUGACCAUCUCCACGCAUCGUGCUUGUCAAGACUUCCUUACUUCCACUGCUAGCAAAGGCUUGGGAAUCACCAAUUUUCAGAUCGAGGGUAGAUUCUCAUCCGACAAGAAACUGUCGUGGGGAAAUUUCAAGGAUCCACGCCGUGUCGAAGUCAUAGCCUGGGGUAGUCUGUCUGACUCUGUCUGCCGGGCAAUUCUCGGAUGUAAUACAACCAGAUUGCGUUCCGUCAUCUCCAAGUUUGAAGACGGUGGUACUCGGAAUGGUCAGAGGAGACAGGACAUUGGUACUGUCAACGUUAUGUCUACUAUGUUUAUCUCCUGCUGUCAAGACCCAGUCAGUGUGGUUGAGUCGGGCUGGAUUCACUUGACAGCUGACUUGGAUGAAGAGGCUGAAGUGCUCAAUCUGAGCUUGUAUAAUCCAUCUCUGUCAGUUGGGAUGGUGGAUGGACGCACAGAUUAUCCAAGUCAGGGGGGAUCUUUUGAGCUUAUUGGAUGCUAUGGAGCCGGAAAGAAAUGGGCCUUGGCAGAAACCAUCACAUCAUUUGCCUUGGCACUGGACGCCAACAUUGUCAGUGCCGAUACAAAAGAGAACUUCGGAGCCUGCCCUCAGAACCUGGUGCGAGGUCAGAGACAAAGUAAAAUGUGA